GGCAAAAAAACAGCAGACAGAGAUGGUAUACAUCCGAUUGAAAUGAAAAGUUUUGAAUUUACGAGAAAGUUGCGGGGGGAAAUUAAGGCAGAGGCAUUUAUGGUUACUGCAAUGAAUGCACCAACCAAUACACAAGACAGAAGAAACCAUAACCGCACCAGUACCAGCCAAGGAAUUUCUCGCUUAUCUCAAAACCCUAACCCCCCCUCCCCCCAAUUCGACGGUCAUCAGAAUCAGCUCCAUCGCCAUGGAGAGAUUGAAGGUUUGGGAGGAUUUGGGAGUGGUGGACACCAUCCAUGAGGAAGAGGAAGAACAUGAAGAUUCGUCUCCCCUCCAUUGCAGAGUGAAGGCUUGGACAUUGGCGACAAGAUGUGAAACUGAUGUGUUGAUUCAAGUUCAGGGCAAACAUUUCCAUCUUCACAGAGAUCCUCUGGUAGAAAGGAGCCGUUACCUGAAGCGGCAUCUGGAGAGAUCGCCGGAAAUAACUCUGUCUCCGCCGUUUAAGAUUACGGCAGAAGCAUUCGGCCUUGUGGUCGACUUCUGCUACGGUGCGGACAUCGUGAUAACCCCGUUCAACGUCGCCGCUCUGAGAGUGGCGGCGGACUUGCUGGAGAUGACAGACGCCGACGACGCGAGCUUGAGGCAGAGAACAGAGGCGUAUUUCAGACUGGCUGUUGGAGUCAGCCGAGAGUACGCCUUGAUCAUCUUCCGGUCGUGCCUGCCGUUGCUGCCGGAGGCGGAGACGACGUCGGCGUUUGUCAGCAGAUGCCUAGACGCGUUCGGAUUUAUGGUCGACGACGAUGACAGUGUUGUGAGUUGCUUUGACGGCGUUAAAACGGUGCCGCUUCAGGAUUUCCAAGCGGUUGUGGAAUCCUUGCGUUGUCGGUUAACUGGGAGUCACGACGGGCUCUAUAGAAUCAUCGACCUUUACCUCAAGGAAAAUGGCGGCAGAAUGACAGAGGAACAGAAAUGGCGAAUCUGCAACUCCAUCGACUGCACCAUGCUCUCGCUUCGUCAUCUCACGCACGCCGUCCAAAACCCAAGCCUCCCGCUGAGAUUCCUAGUCCAAGCCAUGUUCGUCGGGCAGCUCACCACCCGCCGCUCCAUCCUCGGCGCCGGCCGACCCGCCACCGCCGACCGCCGCCACCCGGACCCGACCACCCUCGGCGCAAUCCUCCAGAGCGACGCAUCGCUCCGCCACGCCACGCAGCUCAAGGCGUCGAUGGACGCCACAAGCUCCCGCAUCCGGUUCUUGGAAAAAGAGCUCGACGGCUUGAAGAUGCUCCUCCACGAGCUCGAGUCCGCCAGGCUCAGCUCGGCCGGCGGCGGCGCAGAGAAUCGGGUCGAGCGCGGGCAGAAAGGUUCGGUUUCUUCCGGCAGCUUCCGGAUGUUCAUGAGAAGAGAACAAAGAAUUAUCGGCGGCCGGGCUUCUCCAAUAUCUGAAAUGCCCGAUGAUGCGGGAACUACUCCGAGGCUUGAGAAAAGAUUAGGCCGGAAAUUGGUUGACAGAUUGAAGGACGCUUUUCGUUCGUCGAAUUCAGAAUCAAAGAAGAAAUCUCAGAGCAUAGCUCGGAGCAAAGUGGUAGAAUUAGAUGGGGUAAGAGACGGAGAAGAGUAUGGAAAUCUUCGGAACGUUAUCGUCAUAAAGAAAGAUGUACCCUUUCACCGGCGUGCUCGAUCUUUAGGCUAAUGCUUCAUUCUUAUUUAUUUAAUUUAUCUCUCUUUUUUUUUCUUAAUUAAUCAUUUUGUAUUAAUAUCUUUUUAUUAAAAAGUCAUUAUUUUGUUUGUGCAU